GCAGAAAAAGAGAACGAACUACGAAUAUAGAAGUAUAUAGAAGUCUAUCGUCUCGAUAAGUGCUACAAUUUUUUAUACUGAACAUUAAAAGGACAAUGUCGGAAGUUGAGAAAGAAAACAAAAUUGCCGACUCAAGAAAGUCGAAAGAGACUGCAAAUAUUGAUAAUUGCAAAAUAUGUGAGAAAAUAUGCAACCCUUAUGAUAAACCAGGAUUGCAUUGCAGCGGUGGAUGCAAUAGGAAAAUACAUAUAGAAUGUUUAAAAAGAGGCAAUGUUCCUACGCCUUUUGUGGGAGAUGUUUUCUUUGACCUUACUUGUACUUCUUGCAAUCCUCUAGGUGAAGAAACAGUAGUACGCAAUAGAAUGCCAUGGCUCAAUGUCAUUGUUUUGACUCUCUAUAAUUUGCGUGAGAAAUCAAGUGGUAUCAGUAACCGGGGAUACUUCCAUUGGAAGUCUGACAUUAGUACUUUUGUGGACAAAAAUUGGGAUACUCUGUUUAAAAAGUCUGUAAAAAAAAGAAAAAAUUGGACCGGCACCAUUUCUGGCACAUUAUCUCAUUAUGGUGGAAUAUUUUUCAAAUCUGGUACUGUCGAAUUAGAUGAAGCUGGAUGGUGGAAAUUGUUGGACAAUGAUCCUCCUGAAAUUCUUAUUGCCAGAAACAACAAAGUGAUACAAGAUAGAAAAAAGAACUCAAGUACAAAAAUAUUUUGUAAGUCAUCUAGUAGUUCUGUUCAGUCAGACUCUAGUAUCUCUGUUGGAGAGGAUAGCAACUGUGGUGGAGAACUGUUCAAACAUCAAAAUUCAUCUGUGUAUUCCCAUGCCUAUGUUCAACCUACUGAAUUAUUGUCUGAUUUUCUAUUUGAAGAUGAUGAACCAAAUGAUUUGAAUACCGAGGAUAACAUAAUGUUACGCAAUGAAAACUGUAUACCCUCGAUCUCCGACUUAAUACGUGAUUGUCAAUAUGAAGAUGCCAGUUUCCAAUUGACACAAUCAACGGACAAUUGCGAUUGGUUGUGUAACACGAAUCCUCCAUCGCCAAACGAUACUGGCAAUGAAAGUAAAACCAUACAGGAAGAAGAAUACGAUGAAGAUAGCAAUGAUAGUCCCGUCUCCAUACAAGAACAACCUCCAGCUUCAUUGUUCAAAGAAACGCAACACCGCAAGUGGCCUUGGUCCAAGAGAUUCUCCGUUAUUGAUACGAAGAUACCACACAUGACGCGCCAGGAAGAAGCAUAUUUAUUACAAAAAAUUAAUAAGGCUGAUCUCGACAAAGCACCGCCUCAUAUUAGAAGACUGUAUAGAAAAUUAGCAGUGCGUAAAACGAAGAGAGAGUACGGCUUACCUCUGUUAGACGUUGAUUGUUUCGGAUCGAAAUCGGGAGUGUCCACGAAACCGUCGAAAAGUAACGACCGAGUAUUAGACAGGUUCUUCGUCAACGACCUAGGAUGCAUUUUUGAGCAAAGGUUACAAGGUUACAGCGAACCUACGACCGUGCAUAGUCCGUACACGAAUAGACUCUUGAAGCCGUUCAUAAGGCGAGAUGCUUACUCGCAGCCUUUAUGGUUAAGAAUCAUGGAAGAAGUAUGCGCAAAAGCGAACAAAAAUAAUCCAGAGUGGAAACCGUCAUCUAGAGCACCUAUCGAUUAUUCCUAUAUCAAACCGCAACACAUCCCGGCAAUCAACAGUCUCUGUAGCCAAUUUUUUUGGCCUGGCAUAGAUUUGACCGAAUGUUUGCAGUAUCCAGACUUCACCUGCGUCGUAUUGUACAAAAAAUUAGUCAUAGGUUUUGCAGUAUUAGUGCCAGAAGUUGGGUACAACGAAGCCUACAUCUCAUUCAUCUUGACACGCCCAGAAUGGCGAAAGGCCGGCAUCGGCACGUUCAUGCUGUAUCACUUAAUACAGACGUGCAUGGGACGAGACGUUACAUUACAUGUGUCGGCCACAAAUCCCGCCUUAAUAUUGUACCAAAAGUUCAGUUUCAAAGUGGAGGAAUUCAUUCAAGACUUUUACGACAAGUACAUGCCACCAAGUUCACGAGAAUGCAGACACGCCUUGUUCUUACGUUUAAACAGAUAAAAUAUAGCUCGUAAGUGAUUUAUAAAUCACUGAUGCCUAUAAAUAACUCUGUUUAUUCAAUGUACAAAACAUUUCUUAUGAAACAUUCUCUUUGGACUGUAGAUUUCUCGCGAGCAGUUUUUAAAUUUACAAUUUAUAAUUUUAAUUUCAUGAUAAUAUUCUAGAUAGUCUAGAUAGUCUAUCCAAGAGAAAAAUAAAGUAAACGACAUAAUUAUGUAUUAUUUGUUCCUCUGAAAUUUACUGUUUCAAAAAUGAUCUGCAGUUGUUACUUAAAAACUAUGUGUACAAUUUAA